GUGCAAUGAAGGUGUGGUAGACACAGCUGCAGAAGCAAACUGUUGAGAGAGGAUGAGAUAAGGAUAUAUGAAAAAAAAAAAAAAAAAAAUAGAUACAAAAAAUUCCAUAAAACACCAUCUAUUUCACUGUGACUGGACAACGACAAAAUGACCAACUGGAAGCUGAUUUUUUGCAGUCUAUGUUUAAUAUCAGUGUUGUCGAGUGCUUUUGGGCUGGAAGUGACAAUGAGUCAAGCUUCAGUUGAGGUUGCCAGGGGUGAUGAAGUCAUCCUUACAUGUAAUUUUAAACCUAAAAAUCAAGUAAAUGAACUUAUCAUUGUAACAUGGACUGGUGAUGCUGAUGAGACAUCUGGAGACAAGGUACUUUUUGGUAACUAUUACUCCAAUACUCACAAUGUAGACAUUGGACCAGACUAUGAAGGCAAAAUCAUGAUAGACUUUGACAGUGCUGCAAAAACAUCGAAACUGACAUUAAAACAAGUCACUCUUAAAGAAAGCAGAAAAAUUCGAUGUUAUGUUCAGAUUCCUGGAGACAUUGAUGGCAGAACAUCUGACACUACUUCUCUUUUGGUUCAGGUUGCACCAUCACAACCUAUUUGUAAGUUAGUGGGCACAGCAGAAUACGGAAACAAUAUUAGCCUAACCUGUGUUUCUGAGGAGGGCUCGCCGAUACCAACGUACAAAUGGGAGAGAUAUGAUGUCAAAAAUGUCCCAAAAGCAUUUCCUUCUAAAACCACUGAAAAGGAUGGAGUUGUGUCUUUGGUCAAUGUAUCCGUGGAUACAUCAGGUUUCUAUAUUUGCCUGUCAACCAAUAAGGUCGGAUCAGCCAAAUGUAACAUGACAUUGUCUGUAAUGCCAGCCUCUAUGAAUCUUGCCACAAUAGGCAUUGUUGCUGGUUGUAUUGCUGGAGCUACAGUGCUCAUAAUAAUCAUCAUCUGCUGUUGCCGCAAACGGAAACAGAAAUCAAAAAAAGUUCCAGUGGUGGAAUACCACGACGAACCACAAAUAGAAUAUAUUGACGUAGGGAAUACAUACAACACUGAAGAGAGAACUGACAAAGCUCGAAGUGAUGACAGUGGAGGUGACCGUGAUGACCUCAGAGAUCGCUUCGAUGACCGCAAAGGUAGCCGUGAUGACCUCAGAGAUCGUGAUGACCUCAGAGAUCGCUACGAUGACCGCAAAGGUAGCCGUGAUGACCUCAGAGAUCGCUACGAUGACCGCAAAGGUAGCCGUGAUGACCUCAGAGAUCGCUACGAUGACCGCAAAGGUAGCCGUGAUGACCUCAGAGAUCGCUACGAUGACCGCAAAGGUAGCCGUGAUGACCUCAGAGAUCGCUACGAUGACCGCAAAGGUAGCCGUGAUGACCUCAGAGAUCGCUACGAUGAUCGCAGAGGUAGCCGUGAUGACCUCAGAGAUCGCUACGAUGAUCGCAGAGGUAGCCGUGAUGACCUCAGAGAUAGUGUCAAAUGAUUCUUCUGAGCUGAAUGAAUCAUCCUUUUUUUAUUUACUUUUUGUUUUAUUUUACAGGAUUGUAAUAGUAUUUUAUAAACAGCAUAUAGUUUUUUGUUGUUGUAAUGUCUAUCAGCUAAAGUAAUUAGGCUACAUCACAUUUUAUUCUUCUGAAUCAUCUUUUUUUUUUGGGUGGAUGUUCAGAAUGGUGCUUAACGACGAUGACAUCUCUCCAAUUAUUUUGUACAUUUCUAUAUUAUUUUAAAAAGCUUUUAACCCUGCAUGUUAUGUAUAUGUUAGUUUUUUAAGACAAUGAAAUAGGCCCUACUUAAUUAUAAUCAUAAAUUGCAAUCUUUAUAAUUAAUUUUUAUGAGUGGUUUAAGAGCUGAUUAGUACUUUUUUUAGUAAUUUUAUGGCAUAAUGUUGGAAUUUAUAAAAAUGGCUAGAACUAAUUCAUGUUACACACACCUGCUUGUCAUAGUUCAAAUAAAUAAGUGAUUUUAAAAUA